CAGCUCCCGUCAUGCCCCGCGCGCAGUGACCCUGUCGUCCAUGUUGGUUUUUUCAUGCCGCUUUUUCUGACGGAACUCGAACCUUUCGCGAAAUGUUGGCCUCUUUAUCCGAGAAAUUCCGCUCAAUUAUAACAUCUGUGACGUCUACAGUUAGCCCACGACCAAGUCCACCUACAGAGAGGCGUAGAAAGCGCCAAUUUGAGAGCAAUGAUGAGGUGUACCCAGAUGACUGCCUGAUCACACCGCCUGUCAAACGGGCAAGGAUCGCUGCAGGUGCAGAAGGUAAGCCGCCCAGCUUCUCCCCUUCCCUGAGUGGAACGGCCAGCUGGCUGAAGGAAACUGCCAUCAAAUGGUCGCAGGGGUUCUCCUUCUACACCAAGGGCCCCCCUCCCAGAAUGGAACAGUCCAGCUCAAACCACAGCAGAAGAGUCAUCCAGCCUAUUGUCAGAAAUCCAGUAGAUGACGACAUCCUAAAUUCCCCGUUUGACUUUGAGGUCCAAGCAAGGAGCAGUCUUCAUAGAGGAAAUCAUGUCAGCACAUUGAAAGAAUCUUCCAGAUUAACCCAUGAGAAACCCCCCACAGCCCCCUCUACCAGGACAAGCAGCGUCACAGGCGGAGGAGGGAGGAUGUUUUUUGAGACCCGAGUGGAGCCAGUUUCCCCAGGACCUGCCGGCCACACACAGAACACCCAGUAUGUACCUGUCAACAAAACUAACGGUAUCAGUAAAGGCCGAAUUUCCACCACACCGAAGCCUGCCAAUCAGAACGGCCCGCUGCCUGGACGUACGCUGUACCGCAGCGAUGCGCAGAGACAAGCGUCAGUCCACGACCGAAUCCUGCAGCGCCCGACGUCUCCCGUCAUGUCCGUGGCCAGUAUGUCGUCUGGUGGGUCCCUCUGGAGUAUGGCUUCAGCCAGGAGGAAACUGUCUGUUAAUGAGUGUUUCCGUAUGGAUGAGAAGUUGAGAUACCAGCAGCUGCUGAGGCAGUUCUCUGCCAGCCCUGCCCCCCAGCAGAUUGAUCGUGAACUGCAGGCACCCAUUUUCUCACCUCCACUGCACAGAAGACCCAGUAAUUCAACUUUACUCGGUACGACAGUCCCGAGACCAGAGCCUAUCCGGGAAGAACCAGAGAGAAGUGCGAAGGUGCAGAAGAAACGAGCGACUGUCGUGCGACACGAGAGCUCGAGAACGCAGAAGGACAGCAGUUCCACGCUGCAGGAUCUCAGCCCCGAGGCAACCCACAGGACAGCCCAACCUCCCGCAACACCCGCGCAACCAAGGUUUGAAGAUGACCCAGACUCACCUGUUAUAGUCAGCGUGGAACCUGCUACAAGAACUACCAGCAGGGUCAUAGACUCACCGUUUGUUGCUGAAACCUGGGUGAAAGAAUUUCACGAGAAAUAUGGCUCACAAGCGAGACACCGACAGAAACAAAUUGAAGAGGAACGGAUUAAAGCCAGAAAGUUGGAAGAAAGGAGAAAGAAGCGAGAGAAGACAAUAGAAGAGCAGGUGAGUGAACGACUGUCCAUCGCAGAGAAAACACCUGCAGUCAUCGAAGACAAAAUACCGCAGAAGGAAAUCAGCUUCCCCAAGAUUACAGAUGAGAUGCAGGCAGAGAUAUCGCAGGCCUUACGCCCGUCUCCAGAGGGAGAGAUCCUGGUCAAAGGUUACCGGCUGGAGAUCUCUCGCAAAGACAUGCACACACUCGCUGGCCUCAACUGGCUCAAUGAUGAAAUUAUCAAUUUUUACAUGAAUAUGAUUAUGGACAGAGGAAAUGCUCAGGGAAACCUGAAGGUCCACGCGUUCAACACGUUUUUCUACACGAAGCUGACCCAGCAGGGUCCGGGGUCUGUGAUGAGGUGGACCAGGAAAGUCAGCCUGUUCUCCAUGGACCUGGUGCUGGUGCCGGUCCACCUCGGGAUGCACUGGUGCAUGGCUGUAUUGGACAUGAGAAACAAAUGCAUCAAAUAUUAUGACUCCAUGGGCGGAAAGAACAACAAAGGCAUCAAUGCUCUUCGUGAUUACCUCCAAGCAGAGCACAAAGACAAGAAAGGAAGCAACUUGGACUUGUCCGGUUGGACAUCACAGUAUCCAGAGAACAUCCCCCAACAGAUGAACGGUAGCGACUGCGGAAUGUUUGCCUGUAAAUUCGCCGAGUACGCAAGUCGAGACGCACGCAUUAACUUUGACCAGACACACAUGCCCUACUUCAGAAGAAGAAUGGUGUGGGAGAUACUCCACAAGAAGUUGGUAUAGUAGCAGCGGUCCGCUUUGCAAUCAUCGUGUAAAUGUUUGAUAAUUUCUACAGAAGUCAUUACGGACAGUUGCUAAUUAUAACUGUCUUUCUCUCAAUGCCAUGCUGUAAGCCGGUUCAUGGUUCAAAUCGCAGAUGCUUUGUUGGUAAUUGUCAAAGUUGUAGGCACCUGACACGUAAACAAAAUAUGUCUGAUCAAGCUUUGUCGAGACAAGAACUGUUAGCAAGUUUGGGGCCUUCAAAUUUGACCCACCGCACGCGCAGCUGAAACUGUGAAGCGGCUUACUGUCCAUCCGAGAUUGUUGUACUGUGUAAAGGAUCAUGUAUACAUCAGCAGCCAUGGCAACCAUAUUUGUACACAAACAAUUGACAUAGCAAUGCUAUAGGGGGAUGAGAGCUUCCAUUCUCCAAUGGUUUGUCUGGUAAGGCCUAGGGGAAAAGUUGUGUUUCCUGUUUCCCGACUGACCCUAGAAAUAAACUGCAGACCCUAGCCUUUUUUUGUUUGUGGACCCCCCUGCAAGGGACAUAGAUUUUUCGAGCUGAUCAACCUUUUUAUGAUCUGACACCUGAGUGAGGAAGCAUACAAUCAGUUUUCCAACAUUGAAACUUUAAGUAUUCUCAUGCACGUUUUUCUUUGUUAAACUGUAUUGUAUAAGUUGGAUCAAUAGAGAUUGCCAAAGUCUAAUGAAUUAAUAAAAAGAGAAAAUAAAAAGAUAAUCCCUACCUACCAACCCUAAUUUUUUCAGGACUGAAACAGGAAACACAACAUUUUUCCUAGGCCUAAAUGUAAAUGAGAGAGAAUUGUGAAAUCCAUGGAAAGUUGCAGGAAGUGCUCUGUUCAAUCAUAUGUCAAGGAGUUGGACAAGAGAGUUAUAAGUUAUAAUAUAUCUUCUACCUUAAAAACUCAACUUUGAUUCUAUAUAGGUGUAACACAACAAGGUUCUGUUCAAAUUCUGUAGGUUAUUUUAUGGGACAAUCCUGGCAAUGCCACUUACUAGUAACAGUGUGACUUUUAACCAUACCAAAAUCCACAGAACACACAUGAACAACGUAACGCUACAAAGAGCAUUGUGUGCUAGCCUCUUGUUCACAUUGUGUUCUGUUGAAUUUUGUACAAUCAUAUCACAAUUUAACACCAGCCUUUCUACAGUAUCGUGAUACAAUCCAAUCAGUUUAUUGUGUCUCUCAAUUCUGAAUACAAAUGCAAGCACCUGAAAAAUUGUCCAUACAUACAUGUAUUUCAUACACAUUGAUCAUACUAUCUGCCAAACAUCUAUCAUACCUUCUUUCUAACGCAAAUAGCAAAACUCAGACAAAAUCACUGAAAUCGCACUUUGUACAAGGUUCUCUGAAAACUGUGUGGAGCUUCUUGAAAUUUGUCUCAGCUACGUGCCAGGAGAAAAUGUUUGUACUUUUCCAUCUUGACUGCCCCAUAGUGUGGCAUUGCCAACAGAUAUAUAACGGAUGUAGAUAAUUAUAGGCAAACCAUUGCUUCUUGCCAUUGUAUAUAGUCUAACAUGACACGAGCCUUUUUGGAAGGAAACGGCCACAAUUUUUUUUCAUACGUCCAAAGGCGAAAAUUAAUAUUUUGUCCAAAUGUUUACAGUAAGGAUUAUUGAAUUGUUUAUUAAGAAAAAAAGUGUGAAAAUGUCAUGAAUGUUGACUUGGCUGUUGUCAUUGCCUUCCAAAUAUGUGGAUCUGUUUUAUGUAUAUAGCAAACCUAGUAGCUGCCAAAACUGUGCUUUUUACUUACCUUCUAGAGUAUUGCAUAACUUUAGUAUCAUCAUGGUGGUGAACAUUUGAAAUUCUCUGAAUCACUAGUCAACAGUUUAUUUAGUUGUCUCAAUGUCAUGAAAUCAUACUUGUACAUAUAUAGGCAAUUUCCAUAGACAGCCAUGCAAAUUAUUAUAUCACACUUGAUAAAAAUAUCUACAUAAUUAUGGAUUACUUCAUGUUAAGCAAAAGUUAGUAGAUUAUCAACAUAUGCUCUUGAAAAAUUUUUUAUUUUUUAUUAAUUCUUUAUUUGAUAGGGGCACUAUAAGCUGAUGCAAAUUAUUCAAGACAUGCAUUUUCAGGGACGUUUAUUGAAGGUGUUUUUGUUUAAUUUCACAAGUUUUGUUUCCUUGUGUUGGGUUAAUAAGUUUCGUUAAAAUUUGUUGAUUAACAUAUCUAACAAGUUUCCUGACCUAAAUUUUAAAAACUAUGUGAGACUUUUUGUUCUUGAAAAAAAAGGACUUAAACUGGAAAAAUUACAUUGUUAUGUUGUCUCUUCUUGGCUGUUAGAAAGUAUUAGGCAACAAAAGUAUGUGGCUUGUAAUUAUGUAUGUAUCAUGUCUGUUUUUUGUUCCAAAUGUACAGUUUACAUAUAUAUUCAACAGGAUUCGGUUUCUUUACAUACGAAUGAUGCCAUAGUUAGUACUACGAUGUAUAUGACAGGGAGACAUGCCUUAGUGUGAAUGUAUUAAAUACAUGAUGUUUUAUGUACAGUGUGUUUACAAAAAGCCCCAUGAACAAGACCUUAGGUAUAUCUUGUUCAGAAAAACAAUCGCUGUAUAUAGAGAUCUUUUGUGAUGAUAUGUUGUCUACAUUGGAAUAAAUCAUUAAAACAG